UGAAAACAUACGAGCAAACUCGAUCACUGCAAGUUUUAGAAUGGGGCUAAAACCCUAAUUGUAUGCAAUCAUAUUGACGAGAUAUUGACUAAAAACGUGGUGGUAUGUCUUCACUGAUCAAACUUCACCAUCAUGGUAAGUUUCUCGACCAUCCUGAAUGUUAUUAUACUGGUGGAAAUAUAGAAGUGCUUAACGACAUAGAUACUGAUUUGCUAUCAUUUCGAGAUUUGGAAGAUUGGGCUAAAUUAUAUAAAUACAGUUCUAAUUGUUUGGUGUAUUUUAAAAGUGAUGGGCAUAGUUUUAGAAAUGGUAUGAGACUUGUUUAUGAUGAUAAGACAAUCAUGGAUAUGAUUGAGUUGUGUGGUCCUUAUGCUAUGAUCGAAUUAUAUGUUGAUCAUUCUUCUCCUGAAUUUGCGGAUGAAAUUGAUGAUGAAAAUAAUUUGGGAAGUGAUAAAGAUUUUGAUGAUCCUAAUUAUAUAGAUGAAGGUGAAACUGAUGGAAAUGAUAGUGAUUUUGAUGUGGUUGAUGAAAAUUUAGAUGUUGAAAGUGAUGAAGAGCUAUUAAUCAACAAGCAAAAUAAGAAACUAGUUAAGCAUGAGAUGAAUAAUGCUAUGGUCGUCAACAAUAUGAGUGAUGAGUCUGAAUAUGAUUCCGAUGAGCUUAGGUCUAUUGGAUCCUCCAGUGAAGAUGAAAACUUUAAAAUCGGCUAUGUCGGGCCUCCUGUCAUUAAUAAGAAGAGAAGAAGGAGGGUUGUAAGUGUAAGUAACUUUAAAAAGAAUGAGAUUAUUAAGUGGAAAGCGGGGAUGUCUUUUGUAUCCAUGACUGAAUUUAGGACCAUUGUUAGGGAGUACGGGAUUAGGGAGAGGAGGGCUGUGUAUUUAGCAACAAAUGAUGGGGAACGAUGCCAAGUAAAGUGUGAUAAAGGAUGCCCUUUUAAGAUAUGGGCGAGUAGAAGAAAGGAUAGUGAAAUUGUUGAAAUAAAGACUCUACUUGAUAAUCAUCUCUGUACAAAACCGUACAACAGCAGACUAGCAACUGUGAGAUACCUCAAUAAUAUUUAUGGUGAGAGGAUACGGAAAAAUCCCCAAUGGAGAGUAAAAGAAAUGAUAGAAGUAAUGCGAACUGAAUUAGAGAUUGAAGUCCCCAGAAUUAAGAUUAUGAGAUUGAGAAAAGCUGCAUUAGAGGGUGUGCACGAAUCUUUGGUGGAGCAUUAUUCAAGAGUAAGAGAUUUUGGACAUCAAAUUUUAUUAUGCAAUCCACAAAAUAGGGUCAUUAUAAGUGGUACAAGACAAAAUGAAGAUGAUGUCAAUAGAUUUCAAAGGAUUUAUAUAUGUUAUGCUGCUUUGAAAGAGGGGUGGAAAAAUGGAUGCAGACCCGUCUUAGGCUUAGAUGGGUGCUUCUUAAAAACAGUAGUUGGUGGUCAAUUGUUAUCUGCUGUCGGAAGAGACGGAAACAAUCAAAUGUUUCCGGUUUGUUAUGCAGUUGUAGAGUCCGAAAACACAGAUUCAUGGAGAUGGUUCCUUGAGCUUUUAAAAGAGGACUUGGAUCUUGGAGAUGGCACAGGUCUAACCAUCAUCAGUGAUCAACAAAAGGGUCUAGAAAAUGCAAUGAAAGAAAAACUACCCCAUGCUGAACAUAGAUUUUGUACCAGGCAUAUAUAUAGUAACUUUAGAAAAAAAUACCCUUCUCAACUCCUGAAGAAUGCAUUUUGGAUGGCUGCUACUGCUACACAUCCUGUAGCACACCAAAAUGCUAUGAAGCAGAUAGAAAAUAUCUCAAAACCUGCUUAUGAAGCUCUGAAAAAGAUUGAUCCCAAAAUGUGGUCAAAGGCAUUCAUUUCAACUCAUUCCAAUGCUGACAAUGUUGAAAAUAAUCUAUCUGAAUGCUUCAACGCAUGGAUUGUAAAUGAAAGGUAUCUACCGUUGCUAAACAUGUUACAAGAGAUUCAUUUUAAAUUGAUGAAUAGAAUAAGAGACAAAAGAGAUGAAAUGUUGAGUAGCCAAAAUCAGGUGUGUCCAAGGAUUAAAAAGAGACUAGAUAAAAAUGUUACUCUAUCAAGGGAGUGGAGAGCAGCUUGGGACGGACAAAGUAAAUAUUUGGUUAAGCAAAGCACAAGAGCUGUUAGAGUCGAUCUAUCUAAAAAAUCAUGUGACUGUAGGAUUUUUGAUUUAACCGGUAUUCCUUGUUCACACGCUAUAGCUGCAAUUCAUGACAAAAGGGAACAACCAGUUGAUUAUGUCUCUAACUACUACAAGAGGGAUGCAUAUCUCACAACAUAUAGCUAUUCUCUUGAGGCCUUAAAAGGAGAAGAUUAUUGGGAGGUUCAACCUACUGAAAAAUUGUUGCCACCUGUAAUUCCUAAAAAGCUACGGGGCAGGCCGAAGAGGUUAAGAAGAAAGGAAGGAUGGGAGGGUGGAACUAGCAGACAAACAAGGAUAUGUCAAAUUGAUACAACUCAAGUUCAAAGAUUUAGUCAGAGGAGGAUUAUGCAUUGUAGCAUUUGUAGAAAGUCUGGCCAUAGAAAAACGAAAUGCCCAUUAAAGUCGGUUGAUCAAGAAACUAGAAAUGCUCAAAGUGAAGGUGAAAAUGCUCAGAGUGUACAUGAAGGUAAUAGACAAUGUGGAGAUCAGAAUGCUAGAAGGUCUAAAUUGCCGAUCAGAAAGGGUACCGCAAAAGGUGCAGUUUUGGUUUCAACUCCUGAAACCACCUGGGUCAAUAAGUUACCAAGUGAAACCUCCAGUAGCAACGUAUUUGAUACUCCAUUUAAUCUUGCAGAAGACUAAAUGAUUAUGUGAGAAAGAAUGAAUAAUUAAUUAUGUAUGGCUUGGACCAUUUAAUUGAAUUUAAAUGAUUAUGUAUGGCUUGGAAUUUUUAAUUGAAUGUUGCAUA